CCAGGGAUUAGUGCAACCCCCUGCGACGGCCACACCAGCGCGAACGACAUAAAUUUUCGCUCUGCGAUUAUUUGUAAAAAGCAUUGCUUAAAAAGCAAAUAGAAGAAAUUAUAGCAUAAUCCACGCCAUGGCCUGCAACGCUAGCAAGACGUCGCUCCUGCGCGCCAUCGCCAAACGAGGCUACGCCACCUGCCCGCGUCCCGUGGGCGAUCUGUCCGCCGUGAACGUCAAGGUGCUGGAGAACAAACUGGUGGUGGCCACCGCCGAUGCCACUCUUCCCGUUUCGCGGGUCUCCUUGGUGCUGGGAGCUGGUUCCCGCAACGAGGCCUACGACACCCAGGGCGCCUCGCACCUGCUCCGCUUGGCCGGCGGUCUGAGCACCCAGAACUCCUCCGCCUUCGCCAUCGCCCGCAACAUCCAGCAGGUGGGCGGCACCCUGACCACAUGGGGCGAUCGCGAGGUCGUCGGCUACACGGUGACCACCACCGCGGACAACGCCGAGACCGGACUGCGCUACCUGCAGGAUCUGCUGCAGCCCGCCUUCAAGCCCUGGGAGCUGAACGACAACGCCAAGACGGUGGUUAACCAGCUGAAUGCCGUCUCCACGGAGCAACGCGCCAUCGAGCUGGUGCACAAGGCCGCCUUCCGCAACGGCCUGGGCAACUCGAUCUACUCGCCCCGCUUCCAGCUGGGCAAGCUCUCCUCCGAGAGCCUGCUGCACUACGUCGCCCAGACCUUCGCCGCUGGCCGUGCCGCCGUCGUGGGCGUGGGCAUCGAUAGCAACACCUUGGCUGGCUUCGCCCAGACUUUGCAGUUCCCCAGCGGCGGUGGAAAGGCCGCCUCUGCCAACUGGUAUGGCGGAGAUGCCCGCAAGGACACCGCCGGCCAUCGGGCCGUCGUCGCCGUGGCUGGACAGGGCGGUGCCGCCGCGAACCCCAAAGAGGCGCUGGCCUUCGCCAUUCUGGAGCAGGCUGUUGGCGCCCAGGCGGCCACCAAGCGCGGCAUUUCCGCCGGACUUUUCGGUGAGGCUGUCAACUCCGCCGGCGGCAAUGGUGCCGUCGUCAAGGCUUUGAAUGCCAGCUACUCGGACGCCGGACUGUUUGGAUUCGUGGUCUCCGCCGAUGCCAAGGAUGUGGGCAAGACUGUGGAGUUCCUGGUGCGCGGCCUGAAGUCCGCCGCGGUGUCCGAGAAGGAUGUCAGCCGUGGCAAGGCUCUGCUGAAGGCGCGCAUCAUCUCGCGCUACUCGUCGGACGGCGGUUUGAUCAAGGAGAUCGGUCGCCAGGCGGCGCUCACCCGGAAUGUCCUCGAGGCGGACGCCCUGCUCAGCGCCAUCGAUGGCAUCUCGCAGUCGCAGGUCCAGGAGGCGGCCAAGAAGGUGGGCAGCUCCAAGCUGGCCGUCGGCGCCAUCGGCCAUCUGGCCAGCGUUCCCUACGCCUCCGAUUUGGCCUAAGUAGAUAACACACACCUGUACAUCUGUUAACCGUAAUGUAACGACUAAAUAAACCUGUUGAGGGCAACGAUCCGAUACUUA